GGGUUAGCGCACUAAGCAGGAGAAAGAGUGGCGCGAAACAGUUUCUUCAAAGUUCAGACACUAUAAUAUCUGGUGUGGCUCUUUGCCCUAACCCUAGUUUUGAGAGUUUCAGAGCUUGCUCUUACUUCUUCUAAUGCUGAUACUCUAAAACAGUUGUAGAGCUUGGUGGUGAUGGCUUCAGGGCUGGGGGUUCACACUCUGACUCUUUUAAGAGAGUUCAGGCCCUUUGGUUUGACAGUGGAAGAGGCAGAUGGGGAAACUCAUGAGAACAGGCCUGAAGAUUAUCAGUAUUCUCUAUUUAAUCCUCAGAUUACCAGAGAUCCAAGAUUUCUAGCUGAGAAUAGCGUGACCUCUGCUUCUUGUGAUCAAAGUGAUCAUGAAAUUUUCAUCAGAGGAAACCGGCUUAUAUGGAGUGCUGGUUCACGAGUUCAUAAACGAUACACCUCCCCAACAUCAAUUGCUAUGGCUUGCUGGUGCCGGAUGGAUUCUAUAUCAGAACCCCUCCUUUGUGUUUUGCAGGACGAUUCAUUGACCAUCCACAGCCCCUCUGGUGAAGUGGUUUCUGUUCCACUUCCUUUUGCCGUUGUAUCAAUCUGGUCCUCCGCAUUUGGAUUACUCCUUCAAAGAUCGAUUGAUGAUUCUCUUCCUUCAUGUCCAACAUUUUCUUCCUAUAGCCCUUUACUAAACGCCAGAGAUUCAUUUCGCUUAAAUAGGGAAUCUGGGGUGGGCCCUCAAUAUAAUCUUAGUGUACAUGGUUCUUCAGGCCACAACUUUAUUGGAGAUAUCUCUACCAUGUCUUCACAUUUCAUACUGAAGCACCCAUUGGAAGAACCUCAGGCAAUUUUUGUUGAAGAAAGAGGGAAAUCAUGCAUAAUGAAUGAUUUGGAAGAAAGCAUAAUUUGGACUAGUGAUGCUAUUCCUGUAAUUGCAACUUAUCACAAGGGGAAGAUGCAACAUUCUGUGUGGCGUGUUGAUAUUGUUGAUGCCAGUGUCACCAUUGCAUCAAGUCUCCUGGUCAAAGAUUUUGUGGUAGAAGAGCAAUCAAAAGCAUAUUGUUUACACAAGAUCUGGCAGGGAAGGUCUGCCCAGCCAGUGGCUAGUAAGGUUUUCUUGGCUACUGAUGUUGAUGAAGUGCCACUUAUUUGUUUUGUGUUCCAAGAACAAAAAGGGCUUUUCUUCAUUAGGCUUCAAACUGGUGCGAGGCAUAAAGAAAUUCUUUAUGACAUGAAGCCUGAUAUGAACUGGACCAUUCCUGCAAUUGCAGCCUUGCCUGUAGUUGUGACGCGCCCGAGGAUCAAGGAUGGAUGGCUUCAGCUUUCUGACGUGCUUGUCUUGUCUACUGAAAAUAACCUUCUCCUUUAUUCCGGACGUCAAUGCCUUUGCAAGUAUUUAUUGCCAACUGGGAUUGGCAGGGUCUCUCACGAUGUGAAGCCUCUUCCAUCGGAUGUUGUUCGUGAAUUUAAAAUUACCGGGUUAGGUGAUGCAGUUGGGGGGCGAAUUAAUAUAAUCAUCAGUGGUGGUCAGAUGUUCCGGUGUUCUUUGCGGAAUUAUCCUAUGUCUUCUCUAGCAAAUGACUGCAUUACUGCUUUGGCGGAAGGCCUUCAUCCAUCUUUCUACCAUCAUUUUGUUGUUAUGCUAUGGGGAAAUGGUGGUUCUUCUUGUUUGUCUAGUGCUGAAUCUUCUACUGAUUCAGAGUGGGAAUCACUUGUCAGUGUUAUAUUGGGGAUGUGUAAACAGUUGGAUUUUUUUCCUCAAAGUCAAUCUGAUACGACUCGCCCCUCCUCUUGGGAGUUCCUUCUGAAUAGCAAGUAUCACUUGAAUUAUUGUAGGAGCAAUUUUAUUACUGGGAUUCCUGUAGCAUGGGGUCAUAAACAAAUGGAGUCCCAUUGCCCCAUGGGUAACAGCACAGCCGAACAAAGUCGAGAAAAAGCAUUUUAUGCACAAAUUCUCACAGAGACAUUGGAUUCGUUGCAUGCUGUCUACGAGAAUUACAAACUUGAUAAUCUUAGAAAAUGGGAUUUAGAGCUACUAGUUGUUCUGUUGAGGAAUAUAGCUGCUUCACUUGGAGAGUCAAACUAUGUUGAUCACUAUGUUCGUGACUUCCCAAGUCUCUUAUCGAAUGCUCGAAGUUCUAAUUCAUUAGCUUCUCCUCAGACUCCUCCCAGUGUAUUCAGAUGGUUGGAAAGCUGUUUGAAACAUGGUUGCGAUUCUGGUAAUAAAGAUGACCUUCCACCUCUAGUUUAUAGAGAUGGUAGUGUUGCCAUAAGCUGGCUGCGGAAAAUAGUUUCUUUCUACAGUCUCCUCCUUGGAACUGGAAGAACAGGCAGGAAGCUUGGCUCUGGUGUAUAUUGCAAUGUUUCUAGUGGAUCGGCUCAUAGUCCAGAAGAACUUACUGUCUUGGCAAUGGUUGCUGAAGGAUUUGGAUCUCAGCAGCUGGACUUAUUGCCUGCUGGUGUAUCGUUACCUCUUCGUCAUGCACUGGACCGAUGUCGGGAAUCACCCCCUGUUGACUGGCCUGCUGCUGCAUAUGUACUUGUGGGCAGAGAGGACUUAGCAAUGACUUGUUUUGGACACAAACCACCAUCUGGCCAAAGUUUGGUUUCUCUAUCAUCUCCAUAUAUGUUACACGUGCGUCCAGUGACUGUGCCUUCAUCAAUUUUCGAUGCAUCUGCAUUGGAUGGUAACACGGUCGAGAAUACCGAUUCUCUUGAUGGGUCUGCUGCAGAUGGCAUGGAGCAAAUCUUCAAUUCCAGCACACAUUUGCGGUUUGGUCGUGACUUGCGCUUGAAUGAGGUCAGGCGCCUCUUAUGUUCUGCAAGACCUGUAGCUGUUCAAACUCCUGUCAACCCUAGCGCGUCUGAUCAAGAUCUCCAGCAGGCUCAGUUGUGGCAGCUAGCUCAACGAACUACUGCAUUGCCUCUUGGACGGGGAGCAUUUACUCUUGCUACCACCUCUACGCUCUUGACAGAGGCACUUGUUGUUCCAAAACUCAAUUUGGCCGGUCGCUUGCCCUCACAACAAAAUGCAACUGUGAAUCUUGAUCCAAAUAUAAGGAAUAUACAGGAACUUAGGUCAUGGCCAGAGUUUCAUAAUGGAGUUGCAGCUGGAUUAAAGCUGGCGCCAUUUCAGGGGAAAAUGUCAAGAGCAUGGAUAUCUUAUAACAAGCGGGAGGAGCCAAGUGUCACUCAUGCGGGGCUUCUCGUAGCGUUAGGUUUGCUUGGGCAUUUACGUGUUCUGACAAUGACUGACGUUUACAAGUAUCUUUCCCAGGAGCAUGAUAUGACAACUGUGGGGGUGUUGCUUGGCAUGGCAGCAGCACAUAGGGGAACAAUGCUGCCUUAUAUAUCAAAGAUGAUUUAUGUUCACAUUCCCUCCCGGCAUCCCGCUUCAUUUCCAGAAUUGGAGUUUGCUACUCUUCUUCAGUCGGCAGCACUUAUGUCUGUGGGUCUUCUUUAUGAAGGUUCAGCACAUCCAUUAACAAUGAAGAUUCUUCUGGGUGAAAUUGGACGUAGAACUGCUGGUGACAAUGUUCUUGAAAGAGAGGGUUAUGCUGUUGCUGCGGGAUCUGCAUUGGGCCUAGUUGGUUUAGGACGGGGCAACGAUUUUAUCGGUUAUAUGGACACUUUGGUGGAUCGGCUUUUUCAGUACAUUUUGGGUGGCAAAGAUUUACGUAAUGAGCGAUCUGCAAAAUUUGCUCCCAUGACAGAGGAUCUUAAUCGCAGUACUGGACAGAUGAUGGAUGGGACACAGGUCAAUGUCGAUGUCACUGCACCUGGAGCUACUAUUGCCCUAGCUUUACUGUUCUUGAAGACAGAAUCUGAUGUGGUGGCUUCAAAACUUUCGGUUCCUGUUACCUUUUUUGAUCUUCAAUUUGUACGGCCUGAUUUUUUAUUAUUGCGUGUAAUUGCCCGGAAUCUGAUACUGUGGAGCAGAGUUUGUCCCAGUAAAGAUUGGAUUGAAGGUCAGAUACCUGAGAUUGUGAAGAAGGGACUAAUGACUAUAGAAGAUGAUACAAGUGACUUUGAUGACUUGGAUGUUGAAGCUCUGGUGCAGGCCUACGUAAAUAUAUUGGCAGGGGCCUGUGUGUCUCUAGGACUAAGAUAUGCAGGCACGAAAAAUGGGCAUGCCCAGGAAUUGUUAAACCAUUAUGCAGUUUUCUUCUUGAAUGAGAUCAAGCCAAUACCUGCUAUGUCUAGGAAUAUCAAGCAUAAAGGGUUAAUGCAAUAUGUAGAUCGUGGUACCCUUGAGACGUGCCUUCAUAUUGUUGUUCUGUCCCUUUCUGUGGUUAUGGCAGGUUCUGGGCAUAUACAAACAUUUCGCCUUCUUAGAUAUUUACGCGGUCGUAACUCUGUGGAUGGGCAUAUCAAUUAUGGCUCACAAAUGGCAGUAAGCAUGGCUAUUGGUUUCUUGUUUCUUGGUGGAGGCAUGCGUACCUUUUCUACUGGAAACAAUGCUAUCGCAGCAUUAUUGAUUUCCCUAUAUCCUCGUCUGCCAACUGGUCCAAAUGACAACCGUUGCCACCUUCAGGUGUUCCGGCACUUCUAUGUUCUUGCUACAGAAGCACGAUGUGUGCAAACAGUUGAUGUUGACACGGGCCUUACAGUUUAUGCUCCACUUGAAAUGACAAUCAAAGAAACAGAACAUCAUGCAGAGACGAAUUUCAGUGAAGUGACUCCCUGCAUUCUGCCAGAACGUGCUAUUCUGAAGUCUGUUCGAGUGUGUGGGCCCAGAUAUUGGCCGCAAAAAAUUGAACUUAUUACCGAAGAGAAACCUUGGUGGGUUGCUGGAGAUCCAGAUGACCCGUUCAACGGUGGUUUGCUCUAUGUCAAGCGCAAGGUUGGGGCAUGCUCAUAUGUGGAUGAUCCCAUAGGGUGUCAAUCUUUAUUGUCACGAGUUAUGCACAAGGUCUGUGAUACUAGUGGGCAUUCUGAAUCUGCAACGAGUGUUAGAGGCAACAGUGAACCUGGUCCAUUUAAAGUGGAUCAAUUAGUCAGUACAUUUUCAGCUGAUCCAAGCUUAAUAGCAUUUGCACAACUUUGCUGUGGUUACUCUUGGAACAACAGGUCAGAUGCUGAUUUCCGUGAAUUUUGCAUUCAAGUGCUGUUUGAGUGUGUUAGCAAGGACAGGCCAGCCCUCCUACAGACCUAUCUUGGCCUCUACACAAUAAUUGGGAUCAUAAGCGAGCAGGUGAAGAGCUGUGAAGUAAUCUUCAAAGAUACCAUCUUUCUAUCCAGUCUAAAGCUUGCAUUGGCGUACAAUGAUGCUUUAGUGGUUGGAAGAUUGGGCUGUCCUAGAGGUGAUCUCAUUCAACGUAUAUUUCUUGCUGCAAUUGGAAAGAGAGUGGAAGAGACUCUCAAGCAUUGGCAAGGACAGAUUGGUGAGCCAUUCUCUCACUUGCUCGAGUAUUUGGGCAAAGGCAACUGGCCCCUCAUGCAACCCCAACAUGCCAUCAGAGAUUCAUUGCUUCUCUCCUGUUACCUUCAAUGGUUUAAUGUGCCGCCUUCCUUUGUGGUGAAGUCAUCACUGGGAAAUAUAGGCUCUGAAAUUUUGUUAGCUGAGUCCCCUGUACAUAAUGUUUCUUUGCCUUUGUUAAGGUUCAUGUUCCCAGAUACUCACAUUUAUGCACUUGGGGAGAUCAGUAGGUUAUUGACCUGAAGUUAGAAGGGACCUUGUAUGUUGUCUAUUCAGCUUUCUAAAGAGCUUUAAAUUUAAUGUGCAGAAAUUAUCAUGGUA